UCCCCAUGGAGUACACACUGCAAGCUUUUAAAACUUUUUGGGACCUCUUCCUCACGUUAUUAUCCCGAAAUCUUGACAGCACGUCUUACAGCUGAUGACAUUAAUGAACGGAGACUGUGUGAUGCCCGUAUGACGUUUACUUAAACGACAGGAAACGCUCACCUCGGCGUUGUGUUUGUUGUUCCUGCCGCAGCUCCAAACUUCUAUUUCAACUCCAACCAGAAGUUUGCUUUGACUCUGAAGACUGGCUGGGGGCGUUCCUGUGUGGAGUGUACUGAGGAGAAACUCUACCCUCUCUUCUGGAAAUCUCUUGUGUUCACUUCCCCUACGUGAUGGGACACACACGCCUUGUAGUCAUCCUCCUCUUUUCCUUCAGCACUUUGGCUUCUGCAGGUCCACUGUCUCGUAGCCCAUGUGAGUUAUUACCUGUGGGUGAAAGUCACCCUGUGCAGGCCAUGCAGAUGAGCUACACAGCUGUAUCAGGCUGCGCGAGCCGUGGAACCACCAGCCUCCCCCAGGAGGUUCACAUCAUCAACCUGCGCAUCAGCAACACCGAGGAACCGAGAGAGAAACCUGAGGUGGUGCUACACCUGCGGCCCAUCCAGUCUCUAUCCGUGCACCAAAAGCCGCUGAUCUUCGUGCUCAACUCGCCCAAGCCAUUCCAGUGGAGGAUUCAUGCAGAUAACCUGGCUCCUGGAAUUAAAAGGAUCUUCCACGUGUCAAAUGGCUCUGUUGUGCAGUUUGACGAUGGAAAUCUUUCUCUCUCUUGUGAGGUGCGCACAGAGACGUUACCACAUGGAAAUGAGCACCUGAUGUCUUGGGCUAAAAGCCUGUACCGUGCCAUCACGUCCUUUACUGAGCUCAAGAUGACCCACGACAUCUACAUCAAAGUGGGAGAAGACCCUGUAUUUUCGGACACCUGCAAACUCGACAACAAGUUCCUGUCUCUGAACUACCUGGGGAGUUAUGUCCAGCCUCAGGCAUCCAUAGGAUGUGUCCUCUCUGGUCCAGAUGUCGCUCAAGAGGUACACAUUAUCGAGCUGCAGGCCCCAAACUCCAGCAGUGCGUUGCAGGUGGAUGUGACGGUGGAUUUGAGGCCAAUGGAUCCAGAAAUCCGUCUGCACCGUGACAUUGUGUUACUCCUCAGAUGUGAAAAGUCUGUGAACUGGGUGAUCAAGGCCCACAGUAUCAUCGGCAGACUGCACAUAGUGACGUCAGACAGUGUUAGCCUGAAUGCAAGCACGGAGCGACUGAUGCAGGUGUCUAAGGCGGUGAAGCAGAAGCUGCCUGCAGGAGCUCAGGCUCUGAUCCUGUGGGCCGAGGAGAACAACUACGGCCCCGUCACUUCCUACACCAGCACUACCGUGGCCAACAUCUUCUACCUGCGUGUUAGAGAAGCAGAAGUGGUGGAUCCUUUAGAGAGCUUCUUUCCCCCAGAGCUCUCUAUCCUGAAAAACGCUGAUUCUCGUGAACACACCCGUCCCAGCCUGCCCUUCUUCUUUCCCCCGGAGGCAGACCAGAACCCAUCCUUCCCUUUCCCACCUGCUCUGGAGGAGCAGGCGUGGUCACGUCAGGGUCCUGAGGAGCAGCGUGGAGCUCUGAGUGGGAUUCUCAGCGUGCAGUGUGAGGAGAGCAGGAUGGUGGUCAGCAUUGACAAGGAGAGCCUGCAGGCAACAGGUAUAAGUAAAGCCAACAUAACCCUGCAGGACCCACAAUGCAAAGCAACAUCUAACUCCACCCACUACAUCCUGGAGACUCCACUGACUGGCUGUCAAACCACUAAAUACCCCCUGCACCACCCCAGCCCAAUGGUCCUCUACAUCAAUUCAAUUGUGAUCAGACAGUCGGACAGCAGGGACGGCAGUGGCUGGCCAUCGGAUGAUGAAGACCUGGAGUCGGGAGACGUGCUGCUCUCGGAGAGAACAUCAUCUGGACGCCGCUCUACCAUCUUGUUUAACUGCACGUACCAUAAGGCUCAAGAUGCUCGUCCUCACUUUCCCUGGUCUCAACUAGAAGUUCAACAUGAGACUGUGGAAAACGUGACCUUCAGCAUGGAACUGUACAACACGAGCCUGUUCCGCCACCCACAUCCUCCCUCCUUCAUUCAGGUCAUGGACAACAAGCCCAUUUUUGUGGAGAUCUCAGCCACUAAAGCAGACCCGGAUCUGAGCUUCAUGAUUCAGACGUGCUUCAUCUCUGCAAACUCUAAUCAUGAGGUGCCGUCUGAUUACGUCCUCAUUGAGAACAUUUGUCCUACGGAUGAGUCUGUCCGCUACUACCAUCAGAAACUGGACAUAAAGCGCUUCAGCUUUGACUUCAGGUCAAAGUUCACUGUACCUUUGCUGUUCCUGCACUGUGAGAUGUCCGUCUGCUCUAAGAGACACAACAUGCAUUCGGGACUGCCAGAGUGCAUGAAUCCUAAUGAGGCUUGCACAUCUGUCAGUGGGGAUACCAUCAUCAAAAUGAUGAUGAACAGCAAAACCUCCACAAGACCACUGGUGGUCAUCAGUGAUGAAGGCAUAAGUAAAGGUGAUUAUGAUGAAAAAAUGCCUGAGUCCAUAACCCACAAGCCUCCAGGUGGCAGUUCCACUUCUCUCGUACUGGACACUCCGACUGUGGUGGGCAUCGCCUUUGCAGCCUUUGUCAUAGGAGCUCUGCUUACAGGAGCACUUUGGUUCAUCUAUUCACACACAGAUGAUCCAGCAGUGAGGCAAAAUCUGCCAAGGUCUCCUCCUGUCUCAGAGAACAGCAGUGCAGCUCACAGUAUCGGCAGCACUCAGAGCACACCAUGCUCCAGCAGCAGUAAUGCAUAGAAUACACACACACGCACACGCACACACGCGCACACACACACACACACACACACACACACACACACACACACCUCGCAGGCCUGGCAGGUCACCACAUGGGGCUCCAAUCGCAGACAUUUUUCUUCAACAUCAUCAGUCUUGAAUGCUUUCUGAAAGUAAAGCACUGAAAGAGUUUUGUAGAACAUCACAGCUUGUAACUGGCUCAGUUUUCAUCCUAAAAUAGUCGGGAAUGUGGAAAAGGUGAAGAAACAAAGCUUUGACAAAAUGGGGAUGAAAAACGGCGGUGAGGAACCAGGCAUGAAAAACCCCCUACACCAGCACUUUAAUGUUUGCCAUAUAUGGUUGGAAACGUCUGUUGAUAACAAAGCUUGUUUACUGCAGUCAGUCUUACGGCGUGGAAGCAUCUGGAAUAUGACAGAAUUGGAUGCUGAGUGUGGUGUUGCACAAUGUUUGGUGUGCCAAAGCAAGCGCAGUUCUGUUCAUGCAAGAUUUCAGCCAGUUCAUAAUUAAUACAAUGUCUGUCUGGUUUCAGAGCAAAAAAUAAUCCUGAAAGGAAAAAACUAGACCACAUAUUUGACACAAACUACUGCAUUUUACUGCAUUUACUAGACAUUUAUAUUCCCUGUUCCAGUGGAAAAAGCUCUCAAGAUUUUAUUUUAUUUUAUAUUCCACAGGCUGUGUUUCUUCUGUAAGACUUAUUAGUACUGCCAUAAAAGCAUCACAGUCAAACCAGCACUUAAUCUAAAUAUACAUAUAUAUAUAUAUAUAUAUGCUUAAAAUAUAAAAUAUAUAAAGUAUGGUCAUGUUAUUACACAACAGGCCCAAAAUGCAUUAACCUAUUAUAAUAAAUACUAGAUCAGGGGAUUAAAAAAAUGAAAAUAGCAAUGACAUUGCGUUUUCCAUGUGGAAUAGCCUUUCACGUGACAUAAACAUAACAUAAACUGUUUUUUGGGGAUAGUAUUGGGGUUAGUGAUGGGGGUUAGUAUUGGGAGAAAUUAGCAAUGCUAAGAGGCUUUACCUCGUCACUUUCGAGACUAAGCCAGUAUUCUACGAGCAACCUGUCAAUAAUAGGAGAAACUCUUAUAUUUUAGGUCUUAUUAGAAUUGUGCUGCGUUAUUUUUGUAAUUGAAAAGGUAAAUUUCAGCAAUAUUUUGUCCUUUAGUGUAAAUGUCUUGAAAGAGGUUUUAUCAGAUAAUACAAUUUAUAUAUGGAUGUAUUGUAAAAAUAUAUAAAUGUAUUUUUGUAUAUAUAAUUUCUAUAAACAAUUUAUAAUGAAAAUGAUAUUAUACAAUUAUUUUAUCCUGAAGCAAUCUAAAGUUUAAGCCAAGCUUAUCACUUAUUUUAAUGUGUUUCUAAUAUAAGAAUAGUAUAUGGAUGAUUCCUAAAUAAGAAAUCAUUUAAAAGGUAUUUAUUUAUUGAUGCAAAUGUGCAACAGCUGUAUACAAUGAUUUGGCUUAAACAAUAGAGCUUUUUUUUUUUUUUUUUUUUAAACAGAUGUUUGGAAAUGAUUCUGUAUAAUCACAAAAUAUUUUAGCGGAUCUUUCAGAAAGAGCUUUAUAUACACUGUAGAUAUCAAGAGGAGCUACAGGAAUAAGAAGAAGAAGCAGCAGCUUAGAUGUCAUUAUUGGUUGAAUUUAUUACAGACCUCCCCUAUCUGACCAUUCAGAAAGAGAGAGUAGUUUAUUAACAGAUUAUAUUAUCUCUGUCAUGACUUUUAUAUAUUUUACGUGUACAGCAUGCAAUGUACAUUUUUUGUAGAAAUGUAUAAAAUAGAAGAUGUAACUAUAAGUAAAUAUCAGAAUGAUUCAUCAGAAAGGUCUCCAGUAUUAGAAACAGAACUCCCCAGUCCCCAGGGUUGAAUUCACUCAUACACCAUUCAUUUAUGUACACUAUCUACCCAAACAUUUGUGGACACCUGACCAUCACACCCCCCAUUUGUGCUUUUUGAACAUCUCAUUGCAUACGGAGUCCCCCUUUUGUGGUAAUAACCUUCACUCUUCUGGGAAGGCUUUCCACUAGAUUUUGGAGCAUGGCUGUGGGGAUUUGUGCCCUUUCUGCCACAGGAGCAUUAGUGAGGCCAGGCACUGAUGUUGGCUGAGGAGGCCUCGGGUGCAGUCAGUGUUCCAAUUCAUCCCAAUGGUGUUUAGUGGAGUUGAGAUCAGGGCUCUGUGCAGGCCACUAGAGUUCCUCCUGGCAAACCAUGUGUUCAUGGAGGUCACUUUGUAGACAGGGGCACUGUCAUGCUGGAACAGAUUUUGGCCUCUUGGUUUCAGUGAAGGGAAAUGCUAAUGCUACAGCAUACAAAUACAUUCUAUACAACUGUGUACUUCCAGUGUUGUGGUAACAGUUUGGGGAAGAACCACAAAAUGCUGUGAUGGUCAGGUGUCACAAACUUUUGACCAUAUAGUGUAGUUGGACACUAGUUAGAGAAAAAAUGUUGCUCAAUGACUUGUUCUCUGGAGACCUAAAGCAAUACUUCAGCUGAAAAGAAAACUUUACACAUUUCUUUUUACUCUGGAUGUAGUCAUCAGCCGAGACAUAUUCGGUUUCUGCACCAUUAAUCCACUAAUCUCUCACCGCGCCAAACAUGUAAAUAAUCCGUUCAUAUAAAAGCACGAGUCAGAAAGCCUUCAAACUAACAUUCCAACUAACGUCUCCUUACUGUGUUGUUAUUCUAUAUUUCCUUUUGCAUUUCCAUACAAGCCUUGUUUUAUAUGCCAUUUAUAGUAGGUGUCCGUACAAAGUGAAGCCAAAGCGAUUCCCACCGUCACAAACGAACAUGAAUGUUGCCAUUUCAAACAUGCCUUAAGGCCAGAUCACAUACAGAUGAAAUUAUUUGUGGAAAGAGGAGAGCUGGUUUGGCUUGGUUUGCUUUGUACACAGCAUGCAGUGUUUUUAUCUUCACGUGUGAAAGCUUCAUAAACUCUGUGCAUCUCAUAACUGUGUCACUUGCUGCAGAAUCUAUAGAAUGUAUUUUAUUUGAAAGCUUUCAGUGUGUGUAAACUUGUAUAGAUGUCUUCAAAACAGAGCAAACAGAGUAUGAAUAUAUAGAUAGAUAAAUAUAUUUGUGUAUAAAGGUAUAUUUUUGAGACCUAGAGCCAAGCUAUGAUUUUAAUCAUAUACUGUGAAUUUUUUUCAGCUUACUUCUGUAGAUACAAGGAUAUGGGACAAUCCGGAAUUACACCGAGUUGCCAGUUUAUUACAUCCACCUACCUGCUGCACUGAAAAUAAUCCAUUACCCAAAUCAUAUCUGCUCAGUGAUGGCCUACAGCGGUGUAUUUAGGAUGGUAGGCAGGACAGAUGGAGGCUGACACAUUAUACGUACUACAGAUGGACUACAGUCAGUAAUUACAAUCACAAAGUGCACGUGUUUAGUAGAUUUAUCUGAUAAGCUGGCAACUUGGUGUUGAUUUUUUUUUAUUUAGUUUUUAUUCCCGAAAGGAAAGUGUUUCCUGUGUGUAGCAAUUUUGGGUGAUAAACAUAUAUAUAGAUAUAUAUUUUUCAUUUGUUUGCCAUUGUUUUGUAUAUCAAACAAGCACAUGGCUUCAUGUAAACUCUAUACUUACUUGUUGUCUGUGAGUGUGCACAUGUAAAUGAGUUUUUGUCACGUUGCAUAAAACUUUAGAGAUGAUUUUGUCUUGAAAAUUUGAAUGGAGUAUUAUUAAGAAGUAUUAACCAAACUUGUUGGGUUGGGUAAAAUGCUGUGGUUUGCUGAGUGAGCCAAAUUCCAGUUGGCCAAUAACCUUUAAGGUGUAUGCCUUCUUCUAAGACUUUCUCGUCCAUGAAAAAUGUGCCAAAUUUCAGAAGCAUUAUAGAAGCAAAAAAAAAUUUGUUACAGUAAGAAAUAAUAAAGGAGAUUUUUUUUCUUUUUUUGAAAUAAAAAAAAAAGAGUUUUAUUAUAUUCUAAUUGUUCUUACUGUAUUUGCUGUCUCUAUAUUUUAAUAAUGAGAAUUUCUAUUCUGCUUGUUUAGGACUCUUGGCAUAAAACUAAUUCCCUGAACAACUACACUGUCAUGUACAUUGUGAAGUUGGAAAUUCUUUAAAAUACAUAUUCCACUGUAGUCAAUCAAAAGCACCCUUUCCUAGAAGGCCAGAUAUGUGUUCAUGUGUUUGAAUUUGUCUGAAUGUUUGCUGUCUACCUCAUAUUUGUCGUGUGUAUGAGCUGUUGGCUUUGCUUGUAUAAGUGUGUGUGUGUGUGUGUGUGUGUGUGUGUGUGUGUGUGCAUACCGUAUUGAGUUUGAGUAGUUUCAUGUGCCAUUCUCCAUUAUAUAUGCAUUGUAAGAAUCACUAAAAGCUGGAUGUUUGUCAUACCAUAUGUUUAGUAAAACUUAAUGUGAACUAAAACAUACUCAAAGCCUCUCUGUCGACAAAUCAGGUCCGUCUGUUGGCUGUCAUUUCUGAUUGUAUGUGAAGCUUUUCUUUUGUCUGUAAAUAAACUGUGCUGUAAAUAUGCAUGCUCUCUAAAUGUUCUGUAUAUAAAAAAAAAAUAAAUAAAGUCUUAUAAUCUUCA